AUGAUUAUAACCAAUGAAUUAGGUUCAGCUGAAACUUUUGGAUUUAAAAUUAAUGCAAAUGGCUCAAGUUUAAAGAAAAAGCAGUUGUGGACACUAGAGGGUAGUGAACAGCAAGUUUACCUUCGGUCUCAUUUAGAUCGUUACUUGGCAGUCGACCAGUUUGGAAAUGUUACUUGCGAAGCAGAGGAUGCUAGUGAUCCUGGUUGCGCCUUUCAAAUACAACUAGCCACUGAUGGAAGUGGAAGAUGGGCCUUGAAGAAUAUUCAGAGGGGAUAUUUCCUGGGUUCUAGCCAAGAUGAACUUAAAUGUAUGGCCAAAGCUCCAAGUGAAGCAGAAUAUUGGCUUGUACAUCUUGCUGCCAGACCUCAAGUAAAUUUAAAAUCUGCUGGAAGAAAACGAUUUGCUCAUUUAAGUGCAACACAAGAUGAAAUUCAUGUAGAUGCACCAGUUCCUUGGGGAGAGGAUACACUUUUUACUUUAGAAUUUCGUCCUUCUUCAAUAGAAGAUGAUGGUCAAGAACAUUCUAAGUUUGAAGGUGGUUACUAUGCUCUACACACUUGUAAUAACAAGUAUUUAGCGCGUGAUGGAAAACUUUUGGAUUUCUGUACACGAGAUUGUCUUUAUGCUGCUGAAUUUCAUGCUGGGUUACUUGCAUUGAGAGAUUUAUAUGGAACAUAUUUGGCACCUAUUGGGAGUAAGGCUGUUUUAAAAUCAAGAUCAACAACAGUAACACGAGAUGAGUUGUUUUCCCUAGAAGAAUCCUUACCACAAGCUUCUUUUAUAGCAGCUUUAAAUCAACGAUAUGUAUCUGUGAAGCAAGGAGUUGAUGUCACAGCUAAUCAGGAUGAAAUCUCUGGGCACGAAACCUUUCAACUAGAAUUUGAUCGUGUUACAAAAAGAUGGUAUGUGCGUACCAUGCAAGAUCGUUACUGGAGUCUUGAAGCUGGAGGAGGAAUUCAAGCAUCAGAACACAAGCGUUCUUCUAAUGCUUUGUUUGAUUUAAUUUGGCAAUCGGAGGAUGGUACAGUAGCCUUACGUGCAAACAAUGGAAAAUUUUUAGCAACAAAGCGUUCUGGACACCUGUAUGCUAAUGCAGAUUCUGUAAAUGGAUUGGAUUCAGAUGCUAGCAAAUAUUAUUUCUAUUUGAUGAAUAGACCUGUUUUAGUAUUACGUUGUGAACAAGGAUACGUAGGGCCUAAAAGUGCAACUAGUUCAAAAUUAGAAUGCAAUAAAGCUAUCUAUGAGACUAUCGGAGUGGAAAGAUGUGAGCGUGGAAUCAUGAGAUUCAAAGGUCAACAUGGCAAAUAUUGGCAUACAGACAGUGAAGGAGUAACUGUAGAUACUGACGUACCUUCUAAUGGUUUUUACCUGGAAUUACGAGAACCAUCCCGUAUUUGUAUUAAAGAUACGGAUGGAAGAUAUCUCACUGCAGGGAAGAAUGGAGCAUUGCGUCUUAGAGAAACAGAUUAUAAAUCUGCUACAAAAUGGGAAUUUUAA